ACAAUCUGGCCCUAAAAUGUUACACGUCUUUGUAGUAUAUAUGAUAUAAUGCAAUGAACUAUUGGUUUUAUUUGACUAGAUUAUAUGUAUUUACGCAAUCUUUGAACUAAUGAUUUUUUUUUUUUCUAGUGUGGUAUCCGCGGACCCCUUAUCAAUCAUUAUGGAGAAGUCAUUGGAGUCAAUUUUUAUGAUUCGCUAUGUACACCUUUUCUCCCAAUCAACAUAGUUUCUAAUUGCUUGGAGCACUUUAAGAAAUAUGGGAAUUUCUGUCGACCUUGGCUUGGAAUGGAAAUGACUAAUCUUUAUGCGGCAAGUGUAGACAAGUUGGAAAGAAUUAUCCAAAAGUUCCCCAAUAUUGUCAAAGGUGUUCUUGUUGAACAGUUCUAUGGAAUAAUAUGGGACAAGGUUGGCAAAUAUGUGGAGGUGGUUGUGAUAAGAGAAAGAAGUGACGCCCUUUUGAAUCUAACCAUGGUUGUUGAUGAGACCAGCGCAGACAAAUUUAACAGGUGGCCGCUCCCCAAAAGAUCUAUGCAACCUGUUGGUAGAAUUCGAUUUCAAUGAUAGUUAUGAACACAAAUACUGGGAAUUAUUGAAAGUGAUGUCUGCUUUGCGCCCGCUCAAUUUUGUUAUGCUGAUCAGUUGUGGGCAUUUUUUUGGGUACAAUCAUGCAUAUUUUUAUAGUUUUCACCCUUUCUAUUUAUUUUAUAUAUAUUGGCUUCGUUUUCCAGUUAAUUAACUACAUAUUUAAUUACCUUAAUCCUAUGAUGAGAUCUAGGUAUUUAGUGAUUGGUUUCUGUGUAUGCAUAAUUUUUUUGAUUGUUGUCGGGUUCACUCAAGGAGGUUUUCAGUUUGCAUC